AUGUGGUGGCUGGAAGGGUUUAGGUCGGGGAUGGCCCGCCUGGAGAUCCUGUUGCUUGUUUACACCUUGCUCUGCUCUCUCGGAGAUUGCCUGUUUGUAACUGACUAUUUCACCCGGACACCUCGCAAGCUCAACGCCUACCGCUCUUUUGCCAGCGUGGAGCUGUUCCACUUCAACGUGCCUGAAGACACCGUGGUGGCUGUUUGGAACCUCAUCACCUUCAAGGAGCAAGGGGGCACCUUCGGAGACAGCUGCCCAGACCGCAAUGUGACAGUGUACUUCAGGUCAGGAGCUCCACCUGUAAUCAACCCCCUCCAGACACAUUUUCCAAAGGACACCAUUGUACCAGGCUCCUUCGCUGUCACUUUGACAUGGACGCUGCCCAACCGCACCACGGGGGUUUUCAAUGUCACCAGCCCCCUCCCAGGAGACUGGUUCCUGGCUGCACACUUACCAAAGGAUGAGGGGAAGAUCUCUGUCAAGGGUCUUCACGAUGAAUGUCAGUACCUCUUUCAGCCUCAGCUCAUUGUUCAGAGGCUCAUUGGGAUUUCAGUGCUGUAUCCUGGUUACUUCAUUGACCAGAUGAUUCCUCUUCACAAUAGAUCUGUACUCUACAAAGUGUUCAUCCCAAACUACAUCUCGCGGGUGAAGGUACAGCUUGUGGACUGCAAUACAAAGAACAGAAGCGGGGAGAGCUGUCCGGUUCUGCUGAAGAUCCGCUCAAGGGCCCCGCCGGUGCAUAACUCCAGCGCUAUGGACUGCAGAGAGAACGUUCCCUGUGAGCUGGAGGUCCCGCUGCCAUCCUGGGAGCAGUGGUACUAUAUUUUGGUGGAGCGUUACCUCAGUAGCUCAGAUGUCUACUUUCGUAUUGGCAUUCAGGUUAAAGACUGUUCCAAGCCCAGUGUCUCCAAGGGCUCCUCAGCCAUGAACAUGCCCCAGUCAUUUGGCACUGCGAUGGGUUUCUCUCUAUCAGAGACCCUGCCGGUGGCAAAAAAAUAUAAUGCAGUUCAAUACAAAUCAGUUUCAGGAUUUAAUCUGUCCAUUAACACCACCGCAAAUAUCACCAAGCUGAGGAUUCCCUACCCGCAAACGGGCACGUGGUAUCUGAGCCUGCGAUCCCUGUGUGCCACUGAACACGGGUUUGAGAUGUGUACUAAUGUAACCGCUGAGGUGUACCUUCGCUCUUACCUGACCCCCUGCAUCAAUGACUGUGGCACCUAUGGCCAGUGCAAACUCCUGCGGACCAACAACUACCUGUAUGCUGCAUGCGAGUGUAAAGCAGGUUGGGAUGGCUGGGGUUGCACGGACAACACAGAGGCGUACUCAUACAGCUUCCAGCUGCUCUCAACUCUCCUUCUGUGCCUCAGCAACCUGAUGUUCAUCCCACCUGUGACCAUCGCCAUCCGCAGUCAUUACCUGCUGGAGGCGUCUGUCUAUAUAUUCACCAUGUUCUUUUCCACUUUUUAUCAUGCCUGUGACCAGCCAGGCAUUGUGGUCUUCUGCAUCAUGGAGUAUGACGUGCUGCAGUUCUGUGACUUCCUCGGCUCGCUCAUGUCUGUAUGGGUCACUGUUAUCGCCAUGGCCAGACUCAAAUCCAUUAUCAAACAGGUGCUGUACUUGCUGGGGGCGAUGGCUCUGUCAAUGGCCUUACAGCUGGACCGCCAUGGCCUGUGGAACCUGCUGGGCCCCAGUCUUUUCGCUUUAGGCAUCAUGGCCAUCGCCUGG